AUGGCGUCACUUUUCGAAGGUCUUCAGACCCAAGUGGCUGAACCGCCCCAGAAGGAUGUGGACAGUUCCGGUUCCGGCCUUUUUGGGAGCUUGAGUGUGGCUGGCGAAGGUACUUCCGCUUUCAGCUUCCUGAACUCCGACACACAGCAAGAGCCUGUGCCCAGUUCCCAGGCCCCCGUUGUCCCUGCAGAGUCCAUCUUCACGUUUGUGAACAGUGCAGAUGUGGCCGAUCCGGUGGCAACGUCAGCGUACCCAACAGGAGGCACAAGUGGUGGUGAAAGCAGUCCGUCAUUGGGGGACAACUCUGCUUUUUCGUUUAUCGGCGGCUCUCAGGAGUCUGUGUCGCGUGACCGUGAGGUUGCAGGUGCGUUGGAUGUUCCCGAAGGCACUCGUCGGAAGACGCGCAAGGCGCUCCUUCCAGGCCAUGCAUCCCGUCCACAAGAGGAGACGCGCAUGCCUCUCCCCACGCCGACAGUAGAUGAGCUGGCCAUCGAGCGCAAGCCUUUCGAAGGGGUCGUGCCUGUUUCGGAGGCUGUUGCGCAGGCUCCACAAGUCCAGGCGACGGCUCAGGAGACGCAGCCGCAGCUGCAGGCCAAGCCACCGCCCCCCCCAGAUCCGUCGCCGUCUCCGUUUGAUUUUGCAGAACAAGGACGACAGGAAGACUCCAAGGCUCCUUUUGCAGGAGUUGGUGUUGCCGAGCUGCAGCAACGCUUAGAAACGGCCGAGGCCGAGUUGCAAAGGCUUUGUGACAACGAACAAUUCGAAGAGGCGGAAGCACUGGAUUGCACCAUCCAAGCUCUCAAGGAAAUGAUCGCCAAAGAGGAGUCUACAGAGGCGGCGGCUGUGUCUGCGCCCGCGCCGACCGUGGAGCACAAGGCGGAGGCUUUGCCCGUGGCAGAGGGGCAGAGAAAGGCGCAGGCGACGCAGGCAGUGCAGGCGGUGCAGGCGGCAGUGCCGGAGACACAGGCAAAGCCACCGCCGCCCCCGGAGCCGGCGCCGUCUCCGCAAGAGAAGCUGCGCCGUGCGUUCAAUGCUGCGGGGGUGCGCCAGUGGCUGGAAGAGCAACUAGAUGAGAGUGACAAGGAGCAGCAGCGUUUGCUUGAAGCGCAGGCUAGCUGCCUAUCCGCCAGCCAACGAACUGCUGACAGUAUCGCUGAACUGCGGCAACACUUAACCAAGACCGAGGCUGACCAGAACCAGCUGUGUGACAAUGAGCAGUUUGAGGAGGCCGACGCGCUGGAUUGCACCAUCCAGGGAUUGAAAGACGAUAUUUCCAAAGAGCUUGAGGAGGUAGCCAUAGGUGCGAAGAAGAUGGUCACUUUCGCAGAGAGUUUGUUGAGCCUCACCAGGAGUCGAAUUUCGGUCGCCAACGACGCUCUGGAUCGCGCGGAGGUUCUGCGCAAAGAAGGAGCAGAGGGCUUUCAAGUCACGGAGGAACGCUGCCUCCGACAUCUUCAAGCAGAAGAGGCCCGGAUUGAAGCAGAGAGGAAACGCAUGGAUUUGGCACAGUCCCACAUCGAGAAGGACUCGCAAAACUUGAAAGAAGAGUGGCAACAGGUUACGGAAGCUAUAGACCAGCAGACGACAGAGGAUACCGCAGAAAGAGAGAAGGCGAGUCACGAACGAGCAGCCCUCGAUGAAGAAAUCCAAGAGUUGGAGAGGCAGUUAUCGCAAAAGCUCGAGCAGCGGAAGACCCUUAGCGAGGUCAUUGACUCGUGCGACCUCCGCAUCUCUUGUAUACGGGCCAAGUUCGAGAAGCAGUUGGGACGCCUCGAAGGCAAGCAGAAGCGUUUGGAAGAAGCUCAGAAGGAAGUGGAGGUAGACACGCAGCAGGUUUGCCAGAUGGAGGCUGAGCUUCAGAAGGAACGGGAGGCAUUGCGCGAACAGGAGCUUCAGCAUCAACAGCAAAUGCAAGAUGUCCGCAGAGCAUCGCGCGACCUGCGGAAACAGAGGUCUUUCUUGUCGGGGAUCAUCCAACGCCGUGUGGUCUGGCAGCGCCUGAUGGAGCCCCACCGCGAGUCCCUGCGAGAGGCCCGGCAAAGCUGGGAGGAGGCUACGCAGAAGUGCAUGGAGCUCUCCACGAAUUCCGCCGGCCAAGAGGCUGCCGCCGCCAAGCUGCGCAGUCAAGUUGAUGCGACAGUGGAGAUUCUUCCAAGCCUGGAGGCAGAAAAGAAGCUUGCAGUGGCUUCACGCAGUUUCAAGGAGGCGGGUCGCCUGACGGAAGAGAUCCGAAGGAGAGAGGAAGGCAAGAAAAAGAUUGAAACAGAGCUAGAGUCUUUGCAGGCAAGCCUGGCGACAGCGCGCGAGGAGUUGGCGGCAUGUAGGCAGACCGAGCAAAACGCUCAGGAGGAGCUCCUGAAGGUCGAAGGAACUUGUGCGGUCGAAGAGCUACGGGUGCUGCGCCAUCAGGUCAGUGACUUGGAGGACUUGUGCAAAGCCCCGUCGCUUAGCGCCAGUGCGCGACGCCUCUACAAUCAAGAGGUGAGUGUGCUGAAGCACCAGCAGGCACAUCUUGCCAAGAAGUACAACAUCGAGACCGAGUCGUUGGAAGACAUUGCGGCAGAGACUAUUGAGGGUCUUCAGGAUGGCGAAGUGCAGAAGGAGACUGCCGAUUCCAUGUCGGAAGCGGAGGCUGAUUACAGCUGCUCCCCGGUUCCGAACGGAAGCUCGGAGCUUCCAGGCACACAGCCGACAGCGCUGUCUGAAGAUGAAGGUCGCCAAGACGAUGUUCAAGAGGUGACUAGCGAGGAUUGCAGUCCUGAAGCCCUCUCGGAGAGAGCUGCUGCGGUUGCCUCGGCGAUCGAGGACUUCAAG